AUGAAAAAAACCACACAACAACAACAAAUUAUCAAGCAACUCAUUACCAAGCUGAUCCUCACAGAGAAGGCUUCAAGAAGAGGAUUUUCCAAGAGUAUCAUUCCAUUGCUGAACAAUCAAACACAGAAUAAUUUUGAAGAUAAGACAGAGUUUCAAUAUGCCUAUAGACAAUGCGAUAAGGAAAGAGAAUUGGCACCUUUUUGCAAUAUGACAAGUAAGACUCUUAGCAAAAUGACUUUCAACCAUGGAAAUUACUUUAAAGCCACCAUUCCGAAUCAAUUAUACUCUCAAGUUGAAAUAAAUCCAAUUCAACAUCAACAACACGAAUUGAGAUUCUCUGUUCAAUAUAAUGAAGCAAUUAUGGAGAGAAGAGUUAGGGAAGAGAGUAUAGAUGCAAAUAUUGACUUGUCUAUUGUGUAUAAUUAUUCGAAAAUGACUCCAGCAUCGUUAUCUGUUUCUACUUUGGUGGAGUUUGUUGAAAACACAUCAAUUAAUAGUUUAGUUUUGUCUUCAGGUUGGUUGAUUGAAGAACUUCGUAUUAGGUUGGCACAACAGGUGCAACUCCUUGAUGAAAUGCCUCAUGGUCUCAAUCUUAUGCCUUCCAUACGUAUCGUCAGAGAUUGGUACUUGACCAGUUUUAAACAAUUGUAUCAAAUCAAAAGCAAGCCACGAAAUAGAAGUGAAGAAAUUGAAUUUACCAAUGUGAUUAGAACCAUCUACGAUCGACACAAUCCAACAAUGGUUAGUGUUGCAGGUGGUGUUGCUGAAUUGAAAGAAGAAUUGAAAAAGACCAUGUUAGAAUAUAUUGAUUAUACCAAUUAUUCAUCAUUGAAGGAUCAUUUAGAUUCAUUCUAUAUCAAUAGAAUUGGUAUUAGAACUUUAUUGGAACAUCAUUUGUCUCUUCAUGAUCAAGUUGAAAAUCCAAAUUGUAAUCUUUCAAAACUGAUUUGUAAAAAUACUAAUCCAAUUCUGGUGGCAAAUAGAGCAAUUAAAGAUGCUCAAGAUUGGUGUCUUGCUCAUUAUGGAAAGUUUCCACAAGUAAUUGUCUCAACAAGUGGAAAUCAAGAUGAUUUAUUAUUCCCAUACGUGCCGAACCAUUUACAAUUCCAACUUAUUGAAUUGUUAAUUAAUUCCAUGAGAGCAGUUGUUGAAAAUCACACAGAUUCCCUUCCACCUGUUGGAAUCUUAAUGAGCAGUUCUCAAGAUGAAGUCACCAUUAGAAUUAGUGAUGAAGGAAAGGGAAUUCCAAGAAAGGAUAUGCCUCAAUUGUUCUCCUACUUGUAUUCUACUGCUAGUGUUAGAAAGGAGAUAGUCAAUCAAGAUGGUAAACAGGGAUCUGUUGCAGGUUUUGGAUUUGGCUUACCUCUCGUCAAACUCUACUCCAAAUAUUGGGGUGGUGAAUUUAAACUCAAUUCAGUUUCAGGUUAUGGAACUGAUGCUUACUUGUACUUUACAAAGUAAUAUUAUAAUAUUUGUAACAUUAGAAUGUAAAUAAAAUCCAUCAUGUAAAUUAUCUGGUAA